AUGUACAUUAAACUAGACAAUGGAGAACCUCCUAAAAGCUCCAAAGCUUCUGUGUCAAUACGUUCCGACCCUAGUCGUAGUUUACCACCUAAACCUAAAUUCGUUCAUGCGCUCUAUAAAAGUCUUAUAAAUAUUGAUUUCACUAUGGAACCCUUACAAAUACAACUUGCCUCUGGAACCUACUCAUCCGAUGUUGAAUUUUCUAUAAAUGGAGUAAAUAUUCAAAGCUUCAAUUUACUUGAUCGAAAAAAUGGUUCUAUAGAAAUCUCAUGGAAGUCGGAAAAUUUAAAUAAAAGUGAUAUAAUUAAGCGUAGAUCUUGGGAACUAGAAUUAAAAGCGGAACAUAAAAAACUAGCAGAAGUGGCAAGAGCAAAUGUUUUAGUGGAGAUGGCAGAUUUGAAAUACUACUUCUAUUUCGUAAGCUCCUACUAUGAAGGUAACAUAGAUGAAAUGGGUGAAUUACAUAUUACACCCAUAAUUUUCAACCCCUACACCUACCAAUCAGAUAUAGAAUUUACCCUUCAAAGCGCACAUGAUUUCUUCUACUUGUCGAAACAAAACUUUAGCAUACAACUACAAUUGAAUAAUAACUUUACUUGGCAAGCUAUUGAUGACAUCGGCUAUUUAAAAUUAACUUUACAGGCCUCAUGGGAAAAUUUAUCUUCCAUGACGCAUAUCGUCAUAAAAUUACCUCAUAUAAAAGAAGAAAUACCACAACAGAUGUUUCACUUUGAAAAGCCUCUGUAUGUAGGUCAACUGAAUGAAACAUAUGACUUGGAAUUGGAAACAAUUGUUUUACAAACAGAUGCCAAUAGCAGCCAAGAAAUUCAGUUCAAUUUGAGUGGCAAUGACAGCCAGCAGUUUUAUAUGAUGCAAAAUGAAAAUCGUCUUGAAAUUAAAACUAUUUUUAAUCUCUUGUCUAAAGACGAAAUUAAAUUAAAAAGUUCUUAUUUAUUGAUCGUGGAAGCGAAACAUAAUGAUCGUAAAACCUUUGCUAGUGUAGUGAUAAAUGUGCCUCAACAUCAGGAUAAUGUAAAAAGGAAGAUUUUUUUAAGUCCUUUGAUAAAGGGCAAAAUGUUGAUUACAAAUGAUACUCAAACUCUUUCCAUAGAAACUAUUUAUAUAGCCAAGGAAUUCGGAGAAAAUUCUAAGGAUUUAAAGUUUCGUUUGAGAGGAGAUCACUCUUUACAUUUUGAUAUUAAAGAAAAUGUAUCCAAUAGAUCUGUGGAUAUUGUGCUCAAAACCCCCUUAUCUGCAAAUAUUUUGGAGACCAAACAAUAUCUAAAUUUGUCUUUGCAAGCGUUAUUAACAGGUUCAGAUGGAUUUAAUGAUACUUUAAUAGUUUUUAUUGAUCUACCAAUGAAAGGAAAAUUACUUUUAUCAAAGAAACUUGACUUUUUUUCAUAA